CGCCCGCCGCCGCCGCCGCCUUCGCGCUCCUGGGCCGGGGAGCAGCCGCCGCCGCCGCCGCCGCCGCCGCGGCACAUGGAGCUGGCCAGCAGUGGCGCCCCGACCUCCACCCCGCGACCGCCCGACCAGAUAACUUGGGGAAAAUGGAAACAGACGAGGCUCAAGAUAUGUCCCAAGUUUCAGGGAAAGAAAGCCCCCCAUUAAGUGAUGUCCCAGACGAUGGUGAUGAUUCCAUGCCGGUGCCGGAAGAUCUUUCGACCAGCACAGGAGGACAGCAGAAUUCUAGGAAUGAGAGGAUUUUGGCCAGUAAUGUUAAAAUAGAGACACAGAGUGAUGAAGAGAAUGGGCGUGCCUGUGAAAUGAAUGGGGAAGAAUGUGUCGAGGAUUUACGAAUGCUUGAUGCCUCGGGAGAGAAAAUGAAUGGCUCGCACAGUGGCGCCAAAGCCAUGUCAGGUGUUGGGGGCAUUCGGCUCCCCAACGGAAAGCUAAAGUGUGAUAUCUGUGGGAUAAUUUGCAUCGGUCCCAAUGUUCUUAUGGUUCACAAGAGGAGCCACACCGGCGAACGCCCCUUCCAGUGUAGUCAGUGCGGGGCGUCCUUUACUCAAAAAGGCAACUUACUCCGCCACAUCAAGUUGCAUUCUGGGGAAAAGCCGUUCAAGUGCCACUUGUGUAACUAUGCGUGUCGCCGGAGAGAUGCUCUGACGGGCCACCUGAGGACCCAUUCUGUUGGCAAGCCCCACAAAUGUGGAUAUUGCGGUCGGAGCUAUAAGCAACGGAGCUCUUUGGAAGAACACAAGGAGCGCUGCCACAACUAUUUGCAAACCAUGAACCUCUCGGGCGGCCUUUAUCCUGGCAUGAAAGAGGAAAUAAGCCAGAGCGAAAUGGCCGAAGACCUGUGCAAAAUGGGAUCUGAGAGAUCCCUCGUGCUGGACAGACUCGCGAGUAACGUCGCCAAACGUAAGAGUUCUAUGCCUCAGAAAUUUGUGGGGGAGAAAUGCCUAUCUGAUGUUCCUUACGAUGCCACCAUCAGUUACGAGAAGGAGAACGAUAUGAUGCAAACCCACGUCAUGGACCAGGCGAUCAACAACGCCAUCAGCUACCUAGGGGCAGAAUCGUUGCGCCCCCUGGUGCAAACCCCACCGGGCGGCGCCGAAGUUCUGCCCGUGAUCAGCCCAAUGUAUCAGCUCCACAAACCCCCUGGAGACAACCACGCCCGUUCCAAUCACGCUGCUCAGGACAGUGCCGUCGAAAACUUGCUCUUGCUGUCGAAAGUCAAAUCGAUCUCGUCGGAAAGGGACCCGUCGCCCAGCAACAGCGGCCACGACUCCACCGACACGGAGAGCAAUAACGAGGAACGCAGCGGUUUAAUUUACCUAACAAAUCACAUAGCGCCGCAUGCGCGCAACGGCCUCUCUGUGAAGGAAGAACAUCGGCAAUACGACGUCAUGAGAGCAGGCAGCGACAGCUCUCAGGAUGCUUUCAAAGUCAUCAACGGCAACGGAGAGCAAGUGAAAGUUUACGUCUGUGAACAUUGUAGAGUCUUGUUCUUAGAUCAUGUCAUGUACACCAUCCACAUGGGCUGCCAUGGGUUCCGUGAUCCGUUUGAAUGCAACAUGUGUGGCUAUCACAGCCAGGACAGGUAUGAGUUCUCUUCUCACAUAACCCGAGGCGAACACCGUUUCCGCAUGAGUUAAAACUGCACAAAACAAAAUAUGAACGGCAACAGGGAAACAUCUAAUUCGAAUCAAAAGGUUGGGCCCCCACACAUGGACUCCUCUCGAUAGUACGCACACAUAGUUCAGCUUUAUGCUAUUAAUAUCAAUGCUUUUGCUGCCAAAAGAUAUAAGCCAUCCAAAACAUUAGUAAAGCAAGUAAAAGGUUUUUUAAGUUAGGUGGAAGAAACCCGUUCUUGUUAGCAAUUCUUUUCAUCCGCUCCUCCCCGCCUCUUCAUCUGAGGCCGUUAACGGCACACUCAUAUCCAAAUCUGAUUGAAAACAAGAAAGACCGAAUUAACACUGACCUUUACUCUGUCGAUGGUCUAAAAAGAACUGAAAAGGCACUAUAUAUUGAUACAGUGUUGUAAUAAUAUUAUAAGAAGGUUCUCUUCGUUCCCAGUUUUCAUUUUUUAAAAAGCAAAUCUCCGUCUCAUUUGCAAAGGUAUAAGGAAAGAAGCAUAUGUUUGUAAGGCACCUACUAUUUUGAAAAAAAGAAAGAAAGCUGAAAAUUCAGAGACCACUCUGCAAUACAGUGCACUCUGAGCAUACAAUACCUUUGAGUUUUGGUGGUUCGUACAUUUUCCCCACUCCUGAACUCACUACUCAGCAGAUCAGAGAAUGUCCAUGGUUUCUGAAAGCAAGUAAAAUGGGACAUUUAAGAACAUAAGAACAGGCCAGCUGGAUCAGACCAGAGUCCAUCUAGUCCAGCU